AUGCCAUACUUAAAAGUUGUAUUGACAACUGUAGCGGACAGAUUGGGGGGCCUCAAUGAUGUUCUUGCUGGUUGCAUAAGUGGUUCUGAGAAGUACUUUCAACCGGAAUGCUGCGUAUCUGAUCAUCAGAGGCAUGAAGACACUGCAUCUCGUGUACCCAAGGUGCAAGAAAUUGUUUCAAAAAUUUUUGGUAAGUCUCCAAGUAAGGGGGUUAAUCCUGAUGAGGCAGUUGCAAUGGGAGCUGCUAUUCAAGAUGGUAUCCUUCGAGGUGAUGUUAAGAAAUUGCUUCUAUUGGAUGUAACUCCUCUGUCACUUGGUAUUGAAACUCUUGGUGGAAUUUUCACUAGGUUGAUCAACAAAAAUACAACUAUCCUUACGAAAAAAUCACAGGUUUUCUCUACUGCAGCAGACAAACAGACCCAGGUUGGAAUUAAAGUUCUUCAAGGUGAACGUCACCUGGCAACUGACAAUAAGAUUGUGGGUGAGUUUGAUCUUGUUGGUAUUCCACCUGCACAUAGAGGCUUGCCCCAAAUUGAAGUCACAUUUGACAUAGACGCCAAUGGGAUUGUAACUGUUUCUGCUAAGGAUAAGGCAACUGGAAAAGAGCAGCAGAUCACAAUCCGAUCAUCUGGUGGUCUUUCAGAGGAUGAGAUUGAGAAGAUGGACAAGGCUACUGAAUGGACUGCAUUUGGUUACUUGUGCACAAACGGAUAA